UGCAGGCCUUCAAAGAGGCUUCUAUGGAGUCCGGUAGAGGAGGCGCCACCACCGCUGCAGCCUCCAGCCCAGGUCCUGGGACUGCUCGCCUUUCCCGAAGGAGAGUGGAAGGAUGGAGCUGUUUGCAGGCACCAGGGUAGGUCUCCCAGCCUAGGCCAUGCUUGAACCUCGCAGAAAUGUGUCACGGAUGACCACAACAUGAUGUGGGUUCUAAAAUCUCAAGGAACACCCACUGUGCAAGUCUGCAAUGGAGAAGGCAGAAAUGGAGACUCCAAGGCCACAGCUUCCAUUCUGUCACUAACCACUCUGUAGACAUGUGCCCCCAUUGCAGGAAGUGAAUUGUACCACAGGGGAGGUUCUCGAGGCCCCCAAACCACGGGCACACUUGUCUCUCCUCCUGGAGAGAAGGUAGAACCAUGACAUUUUAUAGCUGCUGUUUGAUCCUGGUGGCUCUUGUCUGGCACACCUCUGCAUAUGGGCCUGACCAGCGAGCCCAGAAGAAAGGGGACAUUAUCCUUGGGGGACUCUUUCCUAUUCACUUCGGAGUAGCAGCCAAAGAUCAAGAUCUAAAAUCAAGGCCAGAGUCUGUGGAAUGUAUCAGGUAUAAUUUCCGUGGUUUUCGCUGGUUACAAGCUAUGAUAUUUGCCAUAGAGGAGAUAAACAGCAGUCCGGCCCUUCUCCCCAACAUGACGCUGGGGUACAGGAUAUUUGACACUUGCAACACCGUUUCCAAGGCCUUGGAGGCCACCCUGAGUUUUGUGGCCCAGAACAAAAUCGAUUCUCUGAACCUUGAUGAGUUCUGUAACUGCUCAGACCACAUCCCCUCCACCAUUGCUGUGGUGGGAGCAACUGGCUCAGGCAUCUCCACAGCGGUGGCAAACCUGCUGGGGCUCUUCUACAUUCCACAGGUCAGCUAUGCCUCCUCCAGCAGACUCCUCAGCAACAAGAACCAGUUCAAGUCCUUCCUCCGUACUAUCCCCAAUGAUGAACACCAGGCCACUGCUAUGGCGGACAUCAUCGAGUACUUCCGCUGGAACUGGGUGGGCACAAUUGCAGCUGAUGAUGACUAUGGGCGGCCAGGGAUUGAGAAGUUCCGAGAGGAAGCUGAAGAGAGGGACAUCUGCAUCGACUUCAGUGAACUCAUCUCCCAGUACUCUGAUGAGGAAGAGAUCCAGCAAGUGGUGGAGGUGAUCCAGAAUUCUACAGCUAAAGUCAUUGUUGUUUUCUCCAGUGGCCCAGACCUUGAACCUCUCAUCAAGGAGAUAGUCCGGCGCAAUAUCACAGGCAGGAUCUGGCUAGCCAGUGAGGCCUGGGCCAGCUCCUCCUUGAUCGCCAUGCCUGAGUACUUCCAUGUGGUCGGAGGUACCAUUGGAUUUGCUCUGAAGGCUGGGCAGAUUCCAGGGUUCCGGGAAUUUCUGCAGAAAGUCCAUCCCAGAAAGUCUGUCCACAAUGGUUUUGCCAAAGAGUUUUGGGAAGAAACAUUUAAUUGCCACCUCCAAGAAGGUGCUAAAGGACCUUUACCUGUGGACACCUUCCUGAGAGGUCAUGAAGAAGGUGGUGGCAGAGUAGGCAACAGCUCCACUGCCUUCCGACCCCUCUGUACAGGGGAUGAGAACAUCAGCAGUGUCGAGACCCCUUACAUGGAUUACACACAUUUACGGAUAUCCUACAACGUAUACCUAGCAGUCUACUCCAUCGCUCAUGCCUUACAAGACAUAUAUACCUGCUUACCUGGGCGAGGGCUCUUCACCAAUGGUUCCUGUGCAGACAUCAAGAAGGUCGAGGCUUGGCAGGUCCUGAAGCACCUUCGACAUCUAAACUUUACCAACAAUAUGGGCGAGCAAGUGACUUUCGAUGAGUGUGGUGAUCUGGUGGGAAACUACUCCAUCAUCAACUGGCACCUCUCCCCAGAGGAUGGCUCCAUCAUGUUUAAGGAAGUUGGGUAUUACAACGUCUAUGCCAAGAAGGGAGAGAGACUCUUCAUCAACGAGGAGAAAAUAUUGUGGAGUGGGUUCUCCAGGGAGGUGCCGUUCUCCAACUGCAGCCGAGACUGCCUGGCAGGGACCAGGAAAGGGAUCAUUGAAGGAGAACCCACCUGCUGCUUCGAGUGUGUGGAGUGUCCAGAUGGGGAGUACAGCGAUGAGACAGAUGCCAGUGCCUGUGACAAGUGCCCAGAUGACUUCUGGUCCAAUGAGAACCACACUUCCUGCAUUGCCAAGGAGAUUGAGUUUCUGUCGUGGACGGAGCCCUUUGGAAUCGCACUCACCCUCUUUGCUGUGCUGGGCAUUUUCCUGACUGCCUUUGUCCUGGGUGUCUUCAUCAAGUUCCGCAACACGCCCAUCGUCAAGGCCACUAACCGAGAGCUGUCCUACCUCCUCCUCUUCUCCCUGCUCUGCUGCUUCUCCAGCUCCCUGUUCUUCAUCGGGGAGCCCCAGGACUGGACGUGCCGCCUGCGCCAGCCGGCCUUCGGUAUCAGCUUUGUGCUCUGCAUCUCGUGCAUCCUGGUGAAGACCAACCGCGUCCUCCUGGUGUUUGAGGCCAAGAUCCCCACCAGCUUCCAUCGCAAGUGGUGGGGGCUCAACCUGCAGUUCCUGCUGGUUUUCCUCUGCACCUUCAUGCAGAUCGUCAUCUGUGUGAUCUGGCUCUACACCGCACCCCCCUCCAGCUACCGUAACCAUGAGCUAGAGGACGAGAUCAUCUUCAUCACAUGCCACGAGGGCUCGCUCAUGGCCUUGGGCUUCCUGAUUGGCUACACCUGUCUGCUGGCUGCCAUCUGCUUCUUCUUUGCCUUCAAGUCCCGGAAACUGCCGGAGAACUUCAACGAAGCCAAGUUCAUCACCUUCAGCAUGCUCAUCUUCUUCAUCGUCUGGAUCUCCUUCAUCCCGGCCUAUGCCAGCACCUACGGCAAGUUCGUCUCUGCCGUGGAGGUGAUCGCCAUCCUGGCGGCCAGUUUUGGCUUGCUGGCCUGCAUCUUCUUCAACAAGGUCUACAUCAUCCUCUUCAAGCCGGCCCGUAACACCAUCGAGGAGGUGCGCUGCAGCACCGCUGCUCACGCUUUCAAGGUGGCGGCCCGGGCCACGCUGCGCCGCAGCAACGUCUCCCGCAAGCGCUCCAGCAGCCUCGGGGGCUCCACAGGGUCCACCCCCUCAUCCUCCAUCAGCAGCAAGAGCAACAGCGAAGACCCCUUCCCACAGCCCGAGAGGCAGAAACAGCAGCACCCACUGGCCCUGACCCAGCAGGAGCCGCAGCCGCAGCAGUCGCAGCAGCCCCGGUGCAAGCAGAAGGUCAUCUUCGGCAGUGGCACAGUCACCUUCUCCCUGAGCUUUGACGAGCCUCAGAAGAACACCACCGCUCACAGGAAUUCCACACACCAGAACUCCCUGGAGACACAGAAAGGCAGCGAUGCCCUGACCAGACACCAGGCACUGCUCCCGCUGCAGUGCGGGGAGAAUGACUCAGAACCGGCCACCCAGGACACAGGCCUGCAGGGGCCUGUCGGGGGCGACCACCCGCCAGAGAUGGAGGACCCUGAAGAGAUGUCCCCAGCCCUCGUGGUAUCCAACUCACGGAGCUUUGUCAUCAGCAGUGGCAGCAGCACAGGCACAGAGAACAUCCUGCAUUCGUAAAACCGAAGGAGUCCAGUCCAGGCAAAAUCCAGAGAGGCUUCUUGGGAUCACAGGGGUCAGGAAUCACCCUGGACUCCUUCCUUCCGAGGAAGGAGAGGUACUAGAACUCCAACUGCCCAAGCGUAGUCGCACUGUUUUAAAUGACAGUGAAUUGACUAAUAUUCCCUAUAAAAAUGAAAAAAGAAGAAGAAAAAGAGCCACGUGUUUCUGUGGUGGUGUUCGUCAGGGCAUUGAGGUCGCCAUAGUCAGUCUGUCUGUCCACAUGCACUCUCUCUUCCUCUGCUCUACCCCACCCACCAGCGGACUGUGAAACCGAGACUUAAACUACCCACCUACUCCUUCCUUUUUUUCGGUCCAGUAUUGAAAUAUUGAAAUGUCUGGCCUGGAAAUCAUGGACAGCCUGGUCCAGACACAAAAAUGGCAGACUGACAGGACAUCAGCCUUGCCGUCACCAGAGAGGGGUCUGGAAAGCAGAAGGUGGACUGCCCAACACCUCAACAAUCGCAAGAACAGGAAAUGUUCAAAAAUGUCAGAGGAAUGUGGCCCCUAUUUAUGAAAACCAGAAGACACCUGGUCUCUCGCCUGCUGCUGCUAUCGUGUGACAUCUAGGUUUGCAGCCCUCCUGUUCCAGUCUGUCUGGUUUUUUUCCAGAAUGUGACAGUGAGGCCACCGUACCAAGAUCACAGAACCAUCCCGGAUUGUUGAGAAGGGACUGCAUAAAUCCACCGAGCUGUAUCUGUAAUUAAUGUUGCUAUAUGUAACUUUAUGCUUAAGAAAAUGCUUUUGCUGUAGUAGUCUGUGGACGAUAUACACUGAAAACAGGUCACAGUCUGGUUUAUAUAAGGCAGUAUUACUGAGCUCUGCUUUCCUUUUCCAUCCCACCACUCUCACUCCCGUGAGUUGAUCCUGGUAUGAGAGUCCCAGGCACCCAGAAGUUCCCUCCAUUCCUGUCCAAAGGCUCCCAGUUGUUGGCCCCCUAACCAUUGCUGAGGUAAGAAAUGUGGUUCCAAGAGAGCAUCCCCCAGACACCACUGCUGCAUUCCCUCCAGCAGUGGAGGUAAAGGCUCUGAGUGGUAUACUGCUGAAUACUCGGGCUCCAGAUUUGGAAAGACCAGGGUUCGAGCACUGGCUUAGUCACUCGCAAGUUUGGUGGCCAUAGCUGGGGAACUUGAGCCUCUGUACAUGCCAUCUUGUCUCUGCAAUGGGGUGAUCAUCAUCCUCUUCCCUCAGAGCUCUUAUGUGGAUAAAAUGAGAUCAUCUAUGUAAAGUACCUUAGCCUGGUGCCUAGUACAUCAUAAGCACUCAAUAAAUACUAGUUAACUUUAUUACUGAUACUGUAAUCAGUAUGUUUUCCUUGGCCUAAAAUACAAGAUGAAACAUUUUUUCAUUAUUCAGAUUAUCAUGACUAGCCCACUGGUAACAGUAACUUUCUCCAUAAUAAGUCCAGGAACUUUGAGACCCAGUUCAAGGCAUCAGCCUUGGUAACGUGGGCUCAAGGUGAAGAAGCCAGAAAGUGAGUCCUUCUGGUGUGCCAGGGCCCAGACGACACAGAGAAUGGCCCAUCACCAGU